AUGUUCUUUAUUCCGACCUGCAUAGUGCUUCUGGCGGUUUUGCUUUACUGGGCAAAGCUGACGAGCGAUGCCAAUCGGUUCGCGAAGGAUAUACCCGGUCCGAAAUCGUAUCCACUGAUUGGUUGUGCUCACCUGCUCGUCGGUUCCGAAGAAUACACCUUCAAGGUGGUAUGUGAGUUGUUCCGGAAGUACACCCGCAUGUUCCGACUCACACUCGGACCGAAAACGAUCGUUUGCCUGUCAGAUCCGGAGCUUAUCCAGCAGGCGCUAACGGCGGGAGCCUGUCAAAACAAGGCGUUCUUCUACAGGUUUUUGGAGAUGGACUACGGGCUGGUUUCGGCUCGCUAUGGCGACUGGAAGCAGUACAGAAAAAUGCUCAACCCAGCUUUCAAUCAACGCAUUUUGGUGAGCUUCAUAUCGAUCUUCAGCCGCUGCUCGAACACGAUGGUCGCUCGGAUGGGUCUGGAGGAAAGGCAUGGUCGCCCGUUCGAUGCGUUGUACUAUACGGCUCAAUGUACGCUGGAAAUGGUUUGCGCUAGUUCCCUGAAAAGCGAUAUUACGAACGACCCGCACGCUAACCUGGUGUGCCAUGGUCUGGAGAAGAUCGCCGCCAUCAUGAGCAGUCGCGUUUUCAACGUGCUGCUCUACAGCGAUCUAUUUUUCGCCAUGACCCAACGGUACAGGGAGAUGCAGCGGGAGCGUGUCCAUGUAAAGGCAGUUGUGGAUCCGAUAUUAUUCAAACGAAGGGAUGAAAUUCAUCAGCAAAGGGCGGAAUCGGUCGUGGAGGAUCAACAUGAGGAAACCUAUCGUAAACCUAUGGUGUUUCUGGACCAGCUUUUAAAUAUGCAACGUAACGGUCAGGAACUUGCCAUGGAAGAGAUAGAAAACCACCUUUACACCAUUAUUGGAGCAGGCAGUGAAACCACAGCUAACCAGGUAGGAUACAUCAUCUGGCUACUGGCCAUGCACCCCGCAGUCCAGGAUCGGGUCUACAAAGAAAUACAAAGUGUCUACGGAGCAGAUUUGGACAACAUUUCCUACGAAUCGCUCGCCUCCCAAACCUACCUCGAGCAGGUCAUCAAAGAAUCGAUGCGACUGUUCCCCGUAGCUCCUCUCAUCGGGAGGGAGACGAUAGAACCGAUGACGCUGGGCAAUGUGGUUAUUCCCGCCGGAGUGACAAUACUCAUCAAUAUCCUCAACCUGCAUCGACGCGAGGAUCUCUGGGGGGAACGAGCCCAUCUAUUCGAUCCCGAGCGGUUCGAUCCGGCGACGUACGAGGCUCGCAAAAGCCAUCCCUACAGCUACAUUCCUUUCGGUGGUGGGCCACGUAACUGCAUUGGCUACAGAUACGGCAUGCUGGCGAUGAAGGUUAUGGUCACCAAGGUGGUAAGCGCAUACCAGCUGAGUACUCACCUGACACUCAACGAUCCACUGAGGCUUUCGUUUGCGGUCACCCUUAAGCUCGGCGUUGGCCAUUUGAUAAACAUCAAACGACGCUAG